UUGGGGCUGAUAGGCGCGGGCCGGAAUACCCGUGACCGCCAUAUUCCAGGAUUCCUUAAUGUAGAAGGCGUUGAAUUGGCUGCAGUAGCCAAUCGCAGCCGGGAAUCGGGUCAGCGGGUGGCCGAUUCCUUCAACAUUCCAACUGUUUACGAUAACUGGCGGGACCUGCUUGACGAUCCCUCCAUAGAUGCGAUUUGCAUCGGCACGUGGCCUUAUAUGCACCGCAACCUCACCCUCGCCGCCCUGGAGAAGGGCAAGCAUGUGUUGACCGAGGCCCGCAUGGCGGCGAAUGCACAGGAAGCCAGGGAAAUGCUGGAGGCUUCCAGGAAUCACCCCGAACUGAUUGCCCAGAUCGUUCCGGGGCCCUCCACGUUCAAGGUAGACAACCUGAUCCAGCAAAAGGUUGCCGAGGGCUACCUGGGUGAUUUGCUGGCGGUAGAAGCACAGGUGGUCUCUCCUGCCUUUGUAGACGCCGGCGCCCCGCUGCACUGGCGGCACAAUCGCACUUUCAGCGGAUACAACAUCUUGAACAUGGGCAUUUACUAUGAGUGCCUGAUGCGCUGGACCGGACCGGCUGUUCGAGUCAUGGCGAUGACCAGGGUUAACGUUCCCGGCCGAUUGGACGAGGACGGGAGCAUGCACGCGGUGACCAUACCCGACCACGUGGACGUCCUCAUGGAGUUUGCUAACGGCGGUCAGGGACACAUGCGGGUGAGCGCGGUAACCGGAUUGGCUCGGGGGACCGAGGUCUGGUUGCACGGAAGUCAGGGAACCCUGCGGGUUGCUCCGAACCUGGACGUUUAUGGUGGACAGCGGGGCGAUAGCCAGCUCGAGCCCAUCGACAAUCCGCCGGAAAUCCAGUAUUCCUGGCGGGUGGAAGAGGAGUUCAUCAGCGCCAUUCGCGGCGACGAGCCGGUUACUCGAACUCCCUUCGACGUGGGCCUGCACUACAUGGAGUUUACCGAGGCGGUAACCCGCAGCGCUCAGACCGGGCAGGCGAUUUCACUGCCGCUAUAA